UUUAAUCAUUUUGUAAUGAGUUUCAUUACUUAUAUUCUACUUGUCUUUUUUCUUAUAGUUUCCAAUUCCAUAGCUGGUGAUGAUACAUCAUGCAUUACUCAAUCUCAAUCUAUUAGUGAUGGAAAGACCAUUGUUUCCCCAAAAGGAUUAUUUGAGCUUGGUUUUUUCAGUAUCAAAAAUCCCAACAAACGAUACCUCGGAAUUCGAUUCAAGAAUAUUUCAUCUCAAAAUGUUGUUUGGGUUGCAAAUGGUGGCCAACCAAUCAACGACUCUUCUGCCAUUUUGAAACUAAACAGUUCUGGCAGUUUGGUUCUUAGUGCUCACAACAACAUUGUUUGGUUCACAAAUUCUUCCACAAAAGCACAGAAACCAGUUGCACAACUCUUGGAUACUGGCAAUCUUGUCAUAAGAGAUAAAGUUGGUGAAACCUAUCUGUGGCAAAGCUUUGACUACCCAUCUAAUACAUUAUUGUCAGGUAUGAAAUUGGGAUGGGACCUCAAAAGAAAUCUGAGUAGGCGUCUGAUAGCAUGGCAGAGUGAUGAUGAUCCAACCCCAGGAAACUUUUCAUGGGGUGUUGUAUUGAAUCCAUAUCCAGAUAUCUAUAUGAUGAAGGGAAGAGAUAAGUACCAUAGACUUGGACCAUGGAAUGGCUUGCGUUUUAGUGGUAUGCCAGAGAUGAAGCCUAAUCCUGUUUUCAAUUACAACUUUGUCUCCAAUAAAGAAGAGGUUUAUUACACAUGGAGCUACAAUGAUAGUUCUCUAAUAUCAAAAGUUGUACUUAACCAAACAAGCAACGGACGUCCUCGCUAUGCAUGGUCAAAAGAGGACGAAUUAUGGAUGCUUCAUUCAAGAAUGCCAGGAGACUAUUGUGACUAUUAUGGUUUAUGUGGAGUCAAUGGAUAUUGCAGCAGUACUAAUUCACCAGUAUGUGAAUGUUUAAAAGGGUUCAAGCCAAAGUUUCCUGAAAAAUGGAAGUCAAUGGACUGGCGCGAAGGAUGUGAAAGGAAUCAUUCAUUGAACUGCAUCAAUGAUGGAUUUGUCUCAGUUGCAAACUUGAAAGUUCCAGAUACUACAAAUACUUCAGUGGAUGAGAGUAUUGGUCUAGAACAAUGCAGAGACAAAUGCUUGAAAAAUUGUUCAUGCAUGGCUUAUACAAAUACAAAUAUAAGUGGAGCAGGCAGUGGCUGUGUUAUGUGGUUAGGUGAUCUAAUGGAUAUUAAACUUUUCCCAGUUGGUGGGCAAGUUCUAUACAUCAGGAUGCCUGCUUCUGAAUUAGAUGAGGAUGGACACAAGAAGAACUGGAGAAAAAUAGUUGUAAUUUCUGUCUCUGCAGCUUUGGGAAUGCUUUUACUUGCUAUUUAUUUUUUCUACAGAUUCUGGAGGACCAUUACUGGGAAGUCAAAGACAGAAGAUAACUAUGAAAGACACGUGGACGAUCUGGAUCUUCCCUUGCUUAAUUUGUCAACAGUUAUUACUGCAACUGACAACUUCUUAGAGAAGAACAAAAUUGGAGAAGGUGGUUUUGGACCUGUUUAUCGGGGAAAAUUAGGGAGUGGACUAGAAAUUGCUGUGAAGAGACUUUCACAGAGCUCAAGACAAGGGGUGAAAGAGUUCAUAAAUGAAGUAAAACUUAUUGCAAAUGUUCAACACCGAAAUCUUGUAAAGCUUAUUGGUUGUUGCAUUCAGAGACAAGAAAAAAUGCUAGUUUAUGAAUACAUGGCUAAUGGUAGCCUAGACUACUUCAUUUUUGAACGUACCAAUGGCCAAUUACUAGAUUGGCCAAAGCGUUUCCACAUAAUUUGUGGAAUUGCUAGGGGGCUUAUGUAUCUUCAUCAAGACUCUAGAUUAAGGAUUGUCCAUAGAGAUCUCAAAACAAGUAAUGUUUUACUAGAUGAUACUUUGAAUCCAAAAAUAUCAGAUUUUGGAAUGGCUAGAAUUUUUGGAGGAGACCAAAUUGAAGGAAACACAAAUAGAAUUGUUGGGACAUAUGGAUACAUGGCACCAGAAUAUGCCAUUGAUGGACAAUUUUCUGUGAAAUCCGACGUUUUCAGCUUUGGUAUUUUACUCUUAGAGAUUAUAUGCGGGAAGAAGAAUAGAGUGCGUAAUCGUACAAAGCAAACCCUUAACCUUGUUGCUUAUGCAUGGACUUUCUGGAAACAUGAAAGAGAAUUACAAAUAAUUGACUCAAACAUAGAGGAUUCAUGCGUUGUAUCUGAAGUGUCACGUUGCAUCCAUGUUGGACUGUUAUGCGUGCAACAAUACCCAGAGGAUAGGCCUACCAUGGCUGAUGUGAUUUUAAUGUUAGGGAGUGAGAUGACAUUGGAUGAGCCUAAAGAGCCAGGUUUUAUUACAAGGAAGGAAUCUAUUGAAGCAAAUUCAAGCUCAAGUGGGAAAGAUAUUAGUUCAAACUAUGCAAUGAGCAUAACCUCUUUAAGUGUUCGGAUUAUCUUACACUUAGCUAAAUCCAAUCUUCAAUAUCCAAAUAUAUACAAGUAUCAUGCGAUGGACAUUCUUUCUUUUUUUAUUAUAAUUGCUUACACAAUUGUCCCCAUUAUAGCAACUAGUUCCAUAAGUGUUUCUCAGUCUAUAAGUGAUGGUGAAACCUUAGUUUCAAAAGGUGGACAAUUUGAACUGGGUUUCUUCAGUCCAGGCACUUCUGAAAAACGUUACCUUGGGAUUUGGUACAAGCAGAUGCCAAUACAAAAGGUUGUUUGGGUUGCAAAUAGGGUCAACCCCAUCAACAAUACUUUAGGAAUCUUAACACUGAGAACCUCAGGUAAUCUCAUGCUCCACCAAAAUGAAACUGUUAUUUGGAACACAACAUCAGAUAAACAAGCACAGAAACCAAUUGCAGAGCUCUUGGACAGUGGCAAUCUUGUUAUAAGGAACGAAGGAGAAACAGCAGGAACCUACUUGUGGCAAAGCUUUGACUAUCCCUGUGAUACAAUUUUGCCUGGAAUGAAAUUGGGAUGGGACCUCAGAAAUGAUUUUGAAAGGAGAAUAACUUCUUGGAAGAGUGUUGAUGAUCCAUCUCCUGGAGAUCUUUCAUGGGGUCUGGUUCUUCAUAAUUAUCCAGAGUUUUAUUUGAUGAAUGGAACAGAGAAAUACUGUCGGAUCGGACCAUGGAAUGGACUUCAAUUUAGUGGUUUGUCGGAUCGAAAACAAAAUUCUAUAUAUGAUUUCAAGUAUGUUGCUAAUAAUGAUUUCAAUUAUGUGUCUAAUAAGGAUGAGAUGUUUUACUCCUUUACCCUCAAGAAUCCUUCUGCCUUUGUUAGUGCUAUUAUAUACCAAACCAAUUUUUCUAUCUCUGUGUGGGAAGAAGAUGAUUCAAAUUGGGUGCUUACUGAAAGUACCCCAAAUAACUUCUGUGAAUUGUAUGGGGCUUGUGGACCCUAUGCAAGUUGCUCAACCACAAAUUCACCAGCUUGCGAAUGUUUACAUGGGUUCGUUCCAAAGUCAACGCAACAAUGGGACUCAUCUGACUGGAGUGAUGGGUGUGUCCGUAGUAUAACAUUAAGUUGCAACAGCCCUCAAGUGAAUAAGGAUGUGGAUGAUGAGUUGAUCAGAUAUAUAGGUCUCAAAGUACCAGAUACUACACAUACUUUGUUGUACGAGAAUGUUGAUUUAGGGUUAUGCAGAACCAUGUGCUUGAAUAAUUGCUCUUGUACAGCUUAUACUAAUUCAGACAUAAGUGGAAAGGGAAGUGGCUGUGUCAUGUGGUUCGGCAAUCUAAUCGACAUAAGACAGUUUCCCACUGGCGGCCAAGAUCUCUAUAUCCGUAUAGCUCGGGUAAUAGAUGAAGAGGCUUCACAUGGGCGCAACAAAAGCGUGAUAAUCAUAGCUGCUACCACUGCUGCUGCAAUUUCUGGGGUGCUUUUACUUUGCAUUUAUGUCAUUUAUAGAGUUCGAAGGAGAAUUGCAGAUAAGUCAAAGACAGAAGAUAACAUUGAAAGGCAUCUAGAGGAUCUGGAAUUACCAUUAUUCGAUCUGCAAACAAUUGCUAGUGCUACUAACAAUUUCUCAUUAAAUAAUAAGAUUGGACAAGGUGGUUUUGGAUCUGUAUAUAAGGGAAAAUUAGCGGAUGGGCAAGAAAUUGCUGUUAAGAGACUUUCACGCAACUCUGGACAAGGAAUCACCGAGUUCUUGACAGAAGUAAAACUGAUUGCAAAACUUCAACACAGAAAUCUGGUUAAGCUUCUCGGUUGUUGUGUUGGAGGACAAGAAAAAUUGCUAGUAUACGAAUACAUGGCUAAUGGUAGCCUUGACUCAUUUAUUUUUGAUCAAAUAAAAGGUAAAUUACUAGAAUGGCCCCUACGCUUUCAAAUAAUAUUUGGAGUUGCGAGGGGACUUGUGUAUCUUCAUCAAGACUCUCGAUUAAGGAUUAUUCAUAGAGACCUGAAAGCAAGUAAUGUAUUGUUGGAUGACAAGUUAAAUCCAAAAAUAUCAGAUUUUGGAAUGGCUAGAUCUUUUGGAGGAGAUCAGAUUGAAGGAAAUACUAACAGAGUAGUUGGAACUUAUGGAUACAUGGCACCAGAGUAUGCCGUUGAUGGACUAUUUUCAAUCAAAUCAGACGUUUUCAGCUUUGGAGUUUUACUAUUAGAAAUUAUAUGUGGGAACAAAAAUAGAUCGCUUUGUCAUGAAAACGAGACACUUAACCUUGUUGGAUAUGCAUGGACACUUUGGAAAGAGGGAAAGGCAUUAGAGUUGAUUGAAAUAAAAAUAAAAGAAUCAUGUGUUGUUUCAGAGGUAUUGCGAUGCAUCCAUGUGAGUCUAUUGUGUGUGCAACAGUACCCGGAGGAUAGACCUACAAUGACAUCUGUAGUUCAAAUGUUAGGUAGUGAGAUGGAAUUGGUUGAGGCUAAAAAGCCAGGUUUCUUUCGAAGGGAAGUUUCUGAUGAAGGAAAUCUAUGUUCGUCAAAUCAAAAUGAAAUCAGUUCAAAUGAAGAAUUAACCAUUACAUCGCUAAAUGGCCGAUGAUAUUGAUAAAUAUUAUUCAGUAUAUAAAGCAAUUUUGAACGGAUAGUGCAUUACCUUGCUCCAGAAUCAGAACCACGCCGUGCGCCACCGUCGAGACACUGUUGGUCAGACCCUCGCACCACCAUCUAUUUCUCCACCUUGCUUGACUUGGGGUUGAUUUCAGUUAGGUUUAUCGUUAUUAUAGUUACUAUUAUAAUUACAGUUACUAUUUGAUUUAGAGCAUAUUCGACUAGUAAUUUCAAAAGCUUGACUGUUGCUUACUUUAAAAAGAAGCUUGAGUUAGUUGAGCGUUGCUCUUAAGUGAAUGGAAGUCCCAAAAAAAUAAAAUAAUAAAGCGAGCUUAUGCUGCUCUUUUGUUAAAUCCCAAAACAUUAAUUUAUUGGUCAUCUAAUCCUCCAUUUUUUAUUA